AUGUUGCAGUUAAUAAACCUUCCUGACAUUGUUCUGGAGACAAUUUUAUCUAACCUUACAUACGAUGAAAUUUCUCGAUAUAGAAUUGUUUGUAAACAAUUUGAUCGAAUAUGUAAAAAAUUAUUAAACCGAGGUUUUAAUUUGAUGGAGAAAUACCAUGCACAAUGUUUGCGUGCAGUAAAAAGUCAAUUACCACGAAGAGAAUCGGAACGAAGGAGUCAUCCUUUGGCACGUCAUUGUGAUAUAUUAACAGCAAUUGAAACAAGAAUAUCUAUGUUGUCUAUGACUUUUAUAAAAUAUGUAGAUCUUAAUCUAUGUUGUUUUAUUCCUGGAAAGGUAAUUGAUGAAAUUUUUCGAGUUCUUCGUUUGAUUCGAGAUUCUAAAACUCCACCUAGAGCUCAUGAAAUACUUCAAGAACUAAGAGACAUUAGUAGCAUGGCUAUGGAACAUUUUGAUGAGAAAAUCCUACCAGAUUUGAAGCAUAGUAUUUGCACAUCUGUUGUUAGUAAUGUAGGUUCCUAUGAAUUACCAGGUGGAAGUUUAAUGAUUUCUCAUCAUACUACAAAUCCAAACAAUGCAACACUGCCACAUAAUUUUAAUUCAGAAAAGUUAAAUCAGACAUUUAAGAAAAUCUAUAGUCGUACAAAAAAAAAUAAAUUAUCUGUUCUAUCUAUGAAAGGUCAACUAAGUAAAAUGAAACUUCGAAUGAAAAGGCAAGGUUUUCAAAUGAGAUUGCAAAGUUUAAAAUUACAAGAACAGGCAAAAAAAAUUCAUGAUCAAGAUACACAAUUAGCUGAAAUGAGAAAACAUCUUGAAGAGUGGGAACAAAAAAUGGUUGAUUUAACAGCUGAACUAAGUCGUGCAAGAGAAGAAACACAAAAACCUGAUUCCAUAGAAACUUGCAAAAGAAAACAUAUAGAUAUAAUUAAUCAGAGGGAGACUGAUUCCUUACAAACAAAAGAAUUGCAAGCAAAAAAACGAAAAUUAAUAGUAGAAAGAAUAUCAUCUACUGAUGCAAAAGAUGUCAAAUUUAAAAAAUUUAUGACUGAUCUUCUUGCAGGUAAUGCUGUAGAAGGAUAUCCUUCAACUUCACAUUAA